AUGUUAGUGUCAACUGUUGAUAAGGAUGAUGCAGUAGUCACCCUUCCUUUUUGGAGCAGCAAAGGUAAACCUCAGGAGCUACAGAUGUAUGAACAGACCUCACAUCUUAAAUAUCUGGAGGACCAUUUACAGAAAAAGCGCAUCCAGCUCUUCUGGGGUCUCCCAUCUCUGCACAGCGAGUCCUUGCCCUCUGCUAUCCAUGUCUCGGGUGACUCUCCCUCUGUUUUCAUUUUCAAUAGGGUCCCCAAUGCCUCCACAUGUCAGGAAUCCUCAGUGCCUGUACAGGUCCCCUCUCUUGGCUUGUCUGAAUCCCAGGCCCCAACAUUGUCUAAAUCUCUGCCACAAUCCCCGCCCAUGCCUGAGGUUCAGCCACAAGCCCACUUGUCAUUCCCAAUCACAGCCCAAACAUCUGGUCCUUCACAACAGAUUAGGAUCUGUGGAGUGUUUUUCCAUAGACCCCAGAAUGAACCAGAUUCUCUCAACUCUUCUGAUAUUGACCGCCUGGAAUGGCACCUGUUGCAGAAGCAACAAGAAAACAUGUGGGGUUUACCUGCUCUUGUCCAAUGUUCUCACAAAGACUUUUGUUCUUCACCUCCCAUUUCUCCUCAGCACCGGGCUACUCAUGUCCAUGAAUCAAUCUCCAUUCUUCCUGGAGAGUUUUCUCUUAGUGAUGAAAUUCGGGGUAAACUAGAAUAUCACCUUCGAAAGAGGCUUAUCCAACACCGUUGGGGCCUACCUCAUAGGAUUGUUCAUUCGAUGUCAUUAUUGAUGCCUCCAGAAGGCCUGUCACAGACAUCUGAAUUGGAGAGCACUCAGACUCCUUCUAGGACCACUGUGCUUAAGGGUCAGAGUAGCAAAACUCUCAGUUUUGGACUGAGUCAUUCUGGAAGCUACCAUGAGAGUAAGAGGUCAGGAUCCUUUCAAUUAGAGAAAGAUGUAGGGAAGCAUCAGGGACAUAUUGCACAAAAAGGCUCAAAAGAUGAUCCUUUGAACUCUUCAGAAGAGCAUCUGGGGGACGACUCUGAGAACAACCAAAACGGUCAUGGGGUGAGUUUGUCAGGCAAAGACUCAAGGGCCUCAGAGGGGACUCUACAUCAGAACGAGCUGGAAAAUGUCCUGAAAGUACAUUUGAGCAAGAAGUUUGAGGAAAUUAAUGAGGGUCGGCUCCCUAACACUGUGCGAAGUUCACUGCACAUUGACGAGCAGAUGCUGCAGUAUUCUGAGGAACCCCAUAGUCCAGUAGGGCAGGACAGUUUGUCUUCAUCGGUGGCCCAGGACUACUCCCUCAAUACCUCCCGGCAGCUCUCCUUCAUGCACUCCAGUGCACAGCAGCUACUGGAAACCCAUAUUAAGAGGUUUCGCCUGAGGAUGCUAUGGGGCCUUCCCUCCAAAGUCGUCGAAUCCAUAGAGAUCUUUAAAUGGAGAGACAAUGCUUCCCUUUCUGAAGAUCCCUCCUCAACCAAGGUGACUAUUCAGGACGACUCCAAAUCUGGGGGCUUUAAGUCCAUCAGAGGAAAAUCAAAAUUUGACAGGAAUCAGGGGCUGAGCAAUGUAGGUCCUGUGCGAGAGCAUCCUGUCUCUGCUACCUCACAUGUAGGCAGAGAAAGAAAAGGGAUUCUAAGACACCCACCCUCUGCUAUCAACCAUGGACUUGCAGAGAGUGUUCAGAAAAGCGUGUGUGGUAGACCCAGUCUUGUGCCUGUCAAACGCAGCCUCCCAGGCAAAUCAAGUCAGGUUCCGUGUCCCCCAGGCCUGAGGUGUGCCCGCCCUAUGCUGCCUGCGGGGCAGGCUGUGGCUACACGGGACCCCAAGGCUGAGAGGAUGAGUUUCAGCAACAGAACAGAAAUGCUGCAGGGCAAAGAGAGGCGCAAGAACUUAGAAAUGCUUUCCAAAGCCCAUAUGUCCAGGGAGAUAUUCAGGGCUGAGGAACUUGAUGCUCCUGAGUCAAAAUCCAGUGACAUUUUGGUAACCAACGAGCCAGGGCACUCUCAAACAGCCACUAUGAAUGAGAGUCUAGUGGAAACUACUGUGACUACUAAAAGGCCCCCACAAGUAGCAGGUACCCAACAUCCUAAAUCAUCAGACCUAAAAAAAAAGCUUUUUAAUAAGUUAAAAUUUAUACGGGGGAGUGUGGAUCCCAGAACUGUCCCAGUUCAGCCCAGUGACAUACCUCUUUCUUCAGAUAACUUGACCCUAAAGUCUUCACUGACUCAUGCCCAGAACAUCUCCAGUGGGGACAUAGGGGCUUCGAAGGUGAUGCAAGCCCACCUCGUGGACCCUGGGAUCAACAUGGGGAAGCGGCAGGUCUUUGAGAAUGUUUUCAUGUGCCAGGAUCAAAAUUCCCCAGCAGCUGCCAAGAAAGAGAGUCUUGUGGGCCCCAACAGAGAUGAGAUUGGUGGAGGGGAUGCUAGUCCUGGGUCAUCCCCACAUCAAAGUCAAAGCCUUCCUACUCAGAACAUAGCACUGGAGGAGGUACAAUGUAGCAAGAUCCCCCAAACCCUCUCUCAAAAGGGACAACCUCCUCCUGAAAACUUUUUCAGAAAGAAAAUGAAGCACUUUUUGCAAUGGAUUCAUCCUGGGAUGACAGGAAAGUGGCAAGAAAAUUCCCAGGAGAAGGGCAGCCCCCUAUCAUCCUUGCCCAGCAGAGGUCUGCUUAAAAGUAGAGUUCCCUUUAUUGGGGUGACAGGACCUCAUAAAUUCAGGAUAGACACUGGAAAAUUCCAGGAGAGCCUUGGAUAUCAUGAAGCCCUUCAUUUGCCAGUGCAGACCUGGGCAGUGCCUAUUCACCGACAUCAUUUUAACCACAGGGGUCACAGGUGUAAAUUGACACAAUCCAUGUCCUGCUGCCAGGGAGCUGUCAUUGCUGGCCAGACUCUUCCUAUAGGUAUUAGAUCAGAGCGAAUGAUGGCUGACCACAUAAAGCUGUGUCAUUCAGGGAUCAGAUGCCUGGGCCAGCAUCACACCAUCACCCAGUGUCGUCAGUUGUUAUGUCCAGACCCUUUCUGUGAGGUGUGUAAUAGAACAACUGCUGAGGUUUAUCGACUGGUGUUCCGGAAGGCCCUGAAAGAUGCUACUCCUUCUGUGUCGCAUUUGGCUUCCACAGUUCCUGUGACUGAGUCAUCACUUACUUUGUCCCCUGCCUUCUCAGUAGUUCCUCCAGGAGACCUAACAUCAGUUCCUCUGCCUGAGCCUUCCCCCCCACCCGCUUUCACUAUCUCACCUAACCCAAUGACCCCUGUGGACGACUCUUGCUCACCCUCACCACCAGGUUACUCUUUGUCACCAAAACCUUUACCUCAGGGGGAUUCCAAAUUUCCACUGGACAAUUACCCACCAUCAACCAAUAAUUUUUGCCCUCUCCCACCACAUGAAACCGAGAGAGUAGAUGACAGUCUCCAACCAGAGGCCCCUUUAUGUCUGCAUACCCACUCAAUUGAUCACACUCUUUCCCAAAACACCAAUGCCUUACCAGAUUUCCCUCAAGUAAUGAAUUCCACUGAUUCAUAUGCUGUUCAUCUUGAACCAUCGACACUGUCUGUUUCAUCAUCACCAGAAUACACUUUAAGUGUGUCUCAAUCUAAAUCAAUUUCCAUCUUAAAGAAGCUUGUCCCAGAGAGCUCAUCGCCAGAUAACCCUGGAGGGCUGUCCACGUAUGUCCCAGCAACCAGAGGCCCUGACGAUUCAAGCCCAUCAUGUUCAGAAUUACCUUGGUGUCAGACUCAUGAUGAGAACCUAUUCCUCCCCUCAUUAUCAAAUUCCGAUAUUCAGCAAGAGCAUGCUUCUGUCCAUUUUCCAGAGACUUAUCUCUGGGAAGGAUCUGCUACUAAACACUUGGAGGCCAGUAACCUUUCUUUCCUUGGUCUUAAUCUUCAGGAUCUCUUAGAGAGACAAAUAAAAAAGAGAACAACUUUGCAGACUUUAGAGAAAAAAGCAGAGGAGGAGGGACUGCUUUUUAAAAAAAUGUGGCCUGAAGACUCACAGACAUCUUUAGGUAAUUCACUGAAGUCAUCUGAUGUCCAAGAAGCCACAACCCCAAGAACUGGCUGGAACACUAAAGGCAAGCCUAAGCAGGUGCACAUGUGUCCACAGCUCCUAUAUGUCAAGACUUUGGGGAAAAAUUUGCAGCAGAAAUACAGUCAACUCUUCUGGGGUCUUCCUUCUUUGCACAGUGAGUCAUUAGUGGCUACUCUCCUAGUUUCUAGUAGUGGUUCCACUCUAGAUCCUCACUUUGUCUUAUUCAAUGGAAUAGGUAAAGUUUCUGGGAUUCAAAGGUGGGAUCAAGAAUCUCCACUACUUUUUCAUUCCCAUCCCAUUCCCCUCUCCAAUGUACAUUCCAGUCCCAUGUCUCAAAGUAAAUUUCAAUUCCAUCCUGUAACUUUCUCUCAGAUCCAGCCCCAAGCCCACCUUCAAUCACGAUUUCCAAUCCUACCAUCUGCUUCUCUGUCCCAGAUUAGAGGCUAUGGAAUGUCAUUUCGUACAUGCCAGAAUGAGUCAGACUCUCCUAUCACAACAGAAAAUCAGCACCUGAAAUGGCAUGCAUUGCGGAAGCAUCAGGAAUGUUUGUGGGGAUUAGUCUCCAAAGUCCACAAACCUCAAGGGCCCAUUUGUCCACACCCCCCCAAUAUUCCAUUGGUUAGGCAUACAUCCCAGGCCUGUGUACCUGUUUCUUUCCUCCCUGGCCAUUUUUGUAUGACCAGUGAAUCCCAGGAGAAAUUGGACAGCCAUACUCCACAGAGACUAAUCCCACACCAGUGCCUCCAUGCCUGUAGGAAUACAGAGUCUCUAGUACUCCUGGAACCUCAGUGUAAGCUAACAGAAAAAUCCCAGCAGAAAGGCACACUUGCUUACUCACAACGCUCUGAGCUUCAGAUCCAGAAUAACACAGAUCUAAUAAAGACUGACUGUAGUAUUUCAGGAAGUUUCCAUGAGAGGGAAAAGUUUCAUGUGAAGGACAUAAGGCAGAAUCUUGAGCAUAUCCUAGGAAAGAGCUCACAAAGGAUCUCUGAAUUCUACUUGAUGAAGGGUUUGGGUACAGCCUCUGACAAAAAAAGCAACUGUGUGUUUCGCUCAAGGUAUGGUCAAAGACAUGAAUUAUUAAGUGUCUCAAUGAAGGACACUGAAAUGAAAACCAUUCUUAGAUUACACUUGAGCAGGAAGUUUUGGCAGAUCACAGUGGGUAGGAUACCUAUAUGUGUAUGUCGUUCAUGGCUAGCUGACAGAAGUGCAUCUCUACCUUCUGGAGGUUCCCAUAUCAAAACAAAAAGCAAAAAUUUGGCUAACACAAUAGUAGGUAAGGCCUACUGCCAGAUUACCACUCUAGAGCCUUAUUUUCUUGACUCUAAUACUAGACAGGUACUAGAAUCCCAUAUUAUAAGAUUUCAGGUAAAUCAGAUGUGGGGCCUACCCUUCAAGGUUCGUGAAUCCAUAAAAUUCUAUAUGCUGAGAGAAGCCAAGACAUGGCCUCUCCCCCAAUUUGACUUUCUAGCCUCAGCUGCCUGUAUUUCUGGCAUGACUUUCAAAGGUGAGAUGUCUAAGUCUCUUGAGCAAAGCACUAAAACUUUUCAGGGAAACAAUAUGAGAAGAACAAAAUCAGUCCCCAACUUGGACCAACCUUGCCUGGCUAUCUCAUGUGUAGGCAGUAAAGGGAAGGAAGACUUGAAAAUAUCACUCUUUGAUGUCAAGAAUGACCUUACAGCCAUUGAGAGGGUUAAGGAUGUCAGAAAGACUCAUCAGUUUGUCACAACUAGCAUCACUGACAAAGCCAUUCAGACUGAAACUGUACUAGACAAUAUAUGCAGCUUAGAUGUACCCACAAGGCUGACUGAUGAUGGAUAUGAGCCAGUGGAAAAGAAUGUGAAUUCUAGUUUUAGAGUAGAAAUGGUUCAGAAUGAAAUGAUGGUGGAGAAGAACUCAGAACAUUUUUCCAUGCUUAGUGUGUCCAGGGAGAUAUACAAGGCUGAAGAGUUGUGUGCUUUUCAAUCACAAUCUGGUGACACUUUGACAACUACAGAGACAGGAAGUUCCCAAGAGAUAAAUAUCAAUAUGAUUAAAGCAGAAACUACCUUGGCCACUGAAUGCCCCUCCACAAACAUACUGGGCUUCAGAGAUGAUGAAGCAGAAGACUUUAAAAAACAGCUUCUUAAUGAAUUAAAAAUUAAACUGGAGAGUGGGGAGCAGAGCAAGGCCCAAGGUCAUCCCAGUCACAUGCCCCUUUCUUCAGAUAAUCUUACCCAUAAGUCCUCACAGACUCUUGUCCAGAGCUUCUCCUGUGGGGACACAGAAGCCUCCCGGGAGCUGUAUGCCCACAUGGAGGAUAGUAGGAUGAACAAAAAACAGCUACAGAAGACGAGGGUCCCUGAACAAGUCUCAAGGAGGUGCCAGGAUAAGAACUCACCAGAUGCAAAGAGAGUGGCCUUCAAAGAAGAAGGAAGAUUUGAAGUUCUCACUUCACCUGGAAGUGAGGACUCAGGAAGAGGGACAUCAAAAGCCAGAAAGAAGAGAGAGACUGUUGAGAAUGGAGAAUUAGAGGACACUUCUCCAUUUCUGCCAGGGAAUGAACAGUUUUCUACUGAAAGUUACCUCAGAAAAAAGAUAAGGCAAUUAUUUCAGUGGCUUGAUUGCAAGCGAAGAAACACAGGACGGGAAAGUUCCCCACAAAAAGUCAAGUUUGUGCCAACUUUUGCACAACAUCAAGACCCACUUCAAAGUGCAGCUGUCUUUAUGAGUUAUGAAUCUCCUCAAGCAGUUGAGCUUAUGACAGCCAUUGGGAAGAUUCUAGAGGAAAAAGUGGCAUGUAUGUAUGAAUCUGAUGGCUCAGUGUUAAGACAUCAGGCAAAAAUAGAGCCCCAAGUGGGACAACACUUAAACGAAGGGACUCUCUCUGAUCCACGAGAAAGGGAAUGGGCAAGUAUGAAGUCCAGCAGCAAAGAAGCUGUCUCUGCUGACCAGCAUUGUCUUUCAAAUGUUAGACAGGAUGGAGGCAGGGUAACAUAUCCUCCAAAAGUUGUGGCCUUUCCGGGCCAGCUUUUCUGGGAAAGUCUACACCCUUCCCCAUCCUUCAGGGAGUCUGCACCUCAUCCAAGCCCCAUCUGUGCGCAUCAUCUUUUGUGGGUCAGGAAUCCAGGCAAGGCUUACCUGGGUUCUCGGCUUCAGGGUUUCUCCAAAGUUGCUAAGAUGUUAGCUGGAGCUUGGCUAUCAUCUGAAGAUUUGAAUGGGGAAGGAUCAAGGCCCCACUUCUGUGCUCAUCUUCCUCACACUCUUUACACUCACCUGAGCGUGUGUCCUGGACCACUAGAGAGGAACCAGCAGUCCCGUGGGGCUGUUCAUCCAAAUGACUCCAAAACAACAGCCAAACCGAAGCGGGAACCGCCACUCCUUUAUACUCUCCCACCACCCUGGAAACGUCACACUGUCCCUGAGGCCCCCACGACCCUGUCUACUCCUCCCAGUUGUGCCGGCAGAAGUUCCCAGAAGCCACCGGAGCAACGGAAGCAUUUCUCAGAAUAUGCCCCUGGAAGAAAUGAGGAAGAGAGUAAAGGGACAGAAACCAAGAAAGGCAAGCAAGGGAUGUUUUGUAUUCAGGAGCUAGAAACUCAAGGUCGACAUCAGAAGAGAGGAGCAUGUGUUGAUGGCCACCGGAAACAAAUAAACACCUUUGCGAAGUGGAGAGCAUGCAGAAAGGUCAUAGGCACCUGUGCACAGCACAGGCUAAUCCAAGUGCAUGAAAAUCAGCUUGGUUAUCAGACGGUUCUUGCCAAACUGUGUUUUUGGAUGAUGAAACCACAUCCAGUGGAUCUGUGCAGAGUGGAAUGCCUAAGUCUGUUACAGAAGAUAGAUGGCCUUGGAGGCAGGGAAAGAGAUCCUGGAAUGUUCAGAGAGGCCAGAGCUCUAGAGCAGCAAGCAGCCAAGACGAUGGUAGCCGUGGACGUAAUGAAGGCUGGAACCUAA